GAUUACUUCACCGAGCCGGUGAUCCUGAACUGCGAACAUAAUUUUUGCAGAGCCUGCAUCAGCACUUACUGGGACAGCCUGGGCGACAGCUUUCCAUGCCCACAAUGCAGGAAGAGGUGCCGCAGAGGGAAACUCAGGCCUAAUGCGCAGCUGGGGAAAGUGGCCGAGAGAGCCAAAGAGCUGGCGGCCAGGGAUACAGCCCUGCCAAGAAUGCCUCUGAGGGCUGGGAACAAGCCGCAGCCUGUUGCCGGAGAAGAAAUGUGCAAGCAGCACCUGGAGGCACUGAAGUUAUUCUGCAAGGAUGACGGGGCCCUGAUCUGUGUGGUUUGCGACAGGUCUAAAGAGCACAGGAGCCACACAGUGAUCCCUGUGCAGGAGGCAGCUGAGGAGUACAAGGUAACCCCAUGA